GCUUCUUGGUUGAUAGUUUCCACCAUGGCAGACAAGAAAGAACCCGGGAUUACAGAGAGUGGGAGCAGCGACACCUUGGCUGCAUUGAUUGAAGAGGACCACCAGCAUGAAAUUCAGCUGCGGACCAUGUCGUGGCAAAAGGCCGCGUGGCUCUUGGCUGGUGAACAAGUGUGUCUGGCCAUCAUGGCGCAGUCCUGGUCUUUCUCGGUUCUUGGAUGGGUCCCUGGGAUCCUGACGUCGGUCAUUUCCGGCAUUCUGUUCUGGAUCACUUCGAUCACCAUGCAUCAGUAUAUCAUGAAGCAUCCACACAUCACAAAUAUCUGCGACUUUGGAUACUAUGUCUUCGGAGGGACUCGUGUCGCCUAUGAAUUCAGCGGAUUCAUGCUCCUGGCCAACAACAUCAUGCUGAUCGGCUUCCACAUCCUGACCGGCUGCAAGAUCUUGAACACGCUCUCCGAUCAUUCGCAGUGCAGCGUCGUCUUCUCGGUGAUUGUAACCAUUCUGGGGAUUUUGUUGUCCGCACCACGUACCCUCCGCCAGGUCUCGUCCAUGUCGAUUUUCUCUUCCGCGUGUAUGGGCAUCUCGAUUCUGCUCUUCCUCGUCUUUGCUGGGAUUGAAUCCGCCCCUCUUUACGGAUAUGACGGCGACUAUCCCACCGCAGGCCUCGUGCACACAUAUGCGUUUCCCCUGCCAGGAACAACAUGGGUGGACUGCAUGAACGCUGUGCUGAACAUCACCUUCCUCUGGGUCCCGCAGAUCCUGUUCCCCACGUUCAUUUCCGAGAUGGAACGACCCCAGGAUUUCCCAAAAUCUCUGGCGGUGUUGACGGCUCUAUCCAGCAUCCUCUUCAUCAUCCCGCCUGCGAUCGGAUUCCGCUAUCUGGGACAGUACUCCACGGCACCUGCGUUCGGCAGUCUCGGCGUGGAAACGUACAAAAAGGCCUCCUUUGCGUUUGUGAUUGUGCCGACAUUGAUCAUCGGGGUCAUCUAUGCCAACGUCACGGCGAAGUUUGUCUAUUCCCGCAUCCUCGGCACCUCACGACACACACACAGCCACACAGUCACCGGGUGGAGCGUGUGGGCUGUCCUCCUCGUCUUCAUCUGGGGGCUCGGCUUCAUUUUCGCAGAGGUUAUUCCCAGCAUGGGCGACUUUCUGUCGCUGCUGAGUGCUGCGUUUGACUCCUUCUUCGGCUUUAUCUUCUUUGCGGCCGCGUAUUGGCAGCUCUACCGGGGACGGCUCUUUACUGGGGUCUGGAGAAGCAUCAUGACGCUUAUCCAUCUGUUGGUACUUGCCUGCGGUCUCUUUCUGCUGGGUCCGGGGCUGUAUGCAGCUGUCAAAGCGAUUAUUGCGGAUUAUUCGGGCAGUGUCACUCCAGCGUUUACCUGUGCCGAUAAUUCACUAUAGCAUAGCACCUGCUUUCUCUAGUGAUAGGUUCUAGAGUAAACACUAUAUAUAACCUCUAUUACUUUAUAACCUAAUGACCUAUAAUCAUAUUUAAUAGUGC